CGAUAAAGCAUGCCGUAACACCAACCUCAAUAACCUCCAACUUCCUCCAGCCUGCAAAAGUGAGAUCAUUGAAUACUAUCACAGCAUCAUGUCCCGCCCCGUCAUCGCCAUCGCCGGCCUCGCCUGCGAAACCUCCAUGUUCACCCCCGCCCGCACACGGGCCCCCGCAUUCCAUCCCCGCCGCGCUACCGAGAUCAUCGACGAAUACCCCUUCAUCCAACCUGGCACACCGCUAGGUGAUGCCGCCGACUGGCGGGGGGCUCUGAUCGGCCACGCCCUCCCCGGAGGCAUCGUAGUUCGGGAGUCAUUCGAAGAACUGGCGGGUGAGAUCAUCACCCGAUUAACCGACAUUGUCGCGGCGACGCCACUGGAUGGACUAUGGUUCGACAUUCAUGGUGCGAUGUGUGUGGAGGGCAUUGAUGAUGUGGAAGCCGAGCUGCUGCGUAGGAUACGAGCGGUGAUCGGGUCGGAGGUGCUGGUAUCGGCGUCGAUGGAUCUUCAUGGAAAUGUCUCGCGUGACCUGGCACAUCUGACGGAUCUGAUUACUUGUUAUCGGAUGGCGCCUCAUGAAGAUGAAGCGGAGACGAAGGAACGUGCGUGUCGGAAUUUGGUCGAUUUGAUAGCACAGAGGGGUGAUGGUGUGCACCGGCCUUUCAAAGCGUGGAUACCUCUUCCUAUUCUUCUGCCUGGCGAGCAGACGUCGACGCGCGUGGAGCCUGCUAAAAGUCUCUAUGAACUGGUGCCAAAGGUUGAAUCGUUACCGGGUAUCAUUGAUGCAGCAAUCUGGGUCGGAUAUGCCUGGGCGGAUGAACCGCGGAACCGUGCAGCGGUGGUGGUCACAGGAACAUGCGAGGAAGUGGUUGCUGCAGGGGCAGAGCGACUGGCGAGGAGGUUCUGGAAAGUCCAUGCAGACUUUCAUUUUGUUGGCCCGACUGGCUCUUUUGCAGAAUGUAUUGAUGCUGCAGUGAAGUCACCAGCACGCCCAUUCUUCAUCUCGGACUCGGGUGACAAUCCGACAGCUGGUGGCUCAGGGGACGUUACCUGGGGCUUGACGCAGCUGCUUGCACGACCCGAGUUUCAACAGGAAUCCGGCCCGACAGUCAUCUACGCCAGUUUACCGGGGCCACAAGCGGUGCAGACGAUGGUGGCAGCAGGAAUUGGUGCUACUGUCACUGUCACGGCAGGGGCUGAAGUGGAUUCCACGCAUGGGGGGCCUCUGACGAUGACCGGACGGGUCCAUGCCAUCCGACAUGGUGAUAAAGAUGCUGUCAUUGAAGCAGUUCUGCAAGUUGGCUCGGUGUUUGCAAUUCUGACCCAACUCCGCAAGCCAUAUCACCACGAACAUGACUUUACUGAUCUGAAUUUGGAUCUCCGGGCAGCGGACAUUGUCAUUGUCAAAAUUGGAUACCUGGAGCCGGAGCUCUUCGACAUGGCAGCCGACUGGUUACUGGCGUUGACGCCUGGGGGAGUGGAUCAGGAUUUGGAACGUCUGGGACAUCGUCGGAUCUGUCGUCCGAUGUGGCCAUUUGAUAAGGAGUUUCCUGUGCUUCCGGACCUUGGUGCACGAAUGAUACCUCCUUAUGAUUCCUCCUUAUGAUUGUCCCUCGAAUAUUCUAGCAAUUGAUGCAGUAAAUAAUCUUCUAUAGCUAUGUCUGACUCAGUGUGAUAGUAUGUUUCUCAAUAACUUGCAUUAUCU